AUGCAGCAUUCACAGAAAUUUGCUGUCUUGACGACACUGGGUGCCCUGUCCGUCGCCGCUGCUGGCAGCAUCCCUCGCGGUGUCGGCCCAGAGUUUGCCUCGCAUUACCAAUCCAAGGAUAGUUUCCGCUGCAUUGCGAACCCAGACGUCGAGAUUAGCGUGAGCCGAGUCAACGACAACACCUGCGAUUGCCCCGACGGCUCGGACGAACCUGGCACUGCCGCCUGCGCUCACAUCGACCCUCUAUCUCCUCAACAGCCAUUGCCUGGCAGCAGCUCGGGCACGACCAGUGCCAAGAACUCACUCCCUGGCUUUUGGUGCGAGAACAAGGGACACAUUGGCGCCUAUGUGCCCUUCCUCUACGUCAACGAUGGCAUCUGCGACUACGACCUGUGCUGCGACGGCAGCGAAGAGUACGCGUCCGUGGGCGGAACCAAGUGCGAGAACCGUUGCGCUGAGAUUGGCAAAGAGUACCGUCGACUAGCUGAGGAGAAGGACAAGAAGAUGAGAAACGCCCAGACGCAGCGAUCCAAAAUGAUCUCCGAUUCGGAAGUGCUACGCAAGCAGACCGAGGCUCGUAUCAUGGAGCUCGAGAACCAAAUCCGCGCUGGAUUGGCCCAAAAGGUUGCCCUCGAUGCGAAAUACAAGGACCUCCAGAAAAAGGACCGCAACCGCGUCGUCAAGUCUGGCGGUGGAGGAAAGCUGGGCGUGCUGCUCGGCCAAGCCAAGGGCCGCGUCAAUGAGCUGCGCGAGACGCUCACCAAGGUUGCGGACGAGCGUGAUAAGCUGCGCAUCAAGGUGAAUGAGCUGGACACCGUUCUCCGCAAGCUCAAGGAGGAGUACAACCCCAACUUCAACGACGAGGGCGUCAAGGCUGCAGUCAAGUCGUUUGAGGACUUCGCUGCUCGUGAGGCUGAGCAGCCUGCCGCCGGUGGAGAUGAUGUUUCGAGUGUCUUGGCCGAGGACGGCGAACACAGCGGCAUCAACUGGGUCGAGUUUGAAACAUCCGAUGAUGAUACCGACAUUAUCUAUGCUUUCGAUGCCUAUAUCCCCGCCUCUCUUCGUGAGUUCAUCCAGAAUAAAAAGGCUGCCAUUCGCGACUGGCUCGUCGAAAACGGACUGCUGGCCGAAAAAGAAAACGUUGCCUCCGAGUCGCAGGUCACCAGAGAGGCCCGAGAAGCCAAGGAGAAUGCCGAGCGUGACCUGAAAACAAAGGAGCAGGACCUCGAGAAUGAAAAGUCGGACCUCUCCAAGGACUACGGCCCCUCCAACAUCUUCCGCUCCCUUAAGGGCCAAUGCAUCGAGAUUGACGCGGGCGAGUACACGUACGAGCUGUGCUGGCUGGACAAGACGAGCCAAAAGUCCAAAAAGGGCCACGGCAACACCAACAUGGGCAACUUUAAGCGCAUCGACCGCGAGCAGGCCGACGACGAAGAGCGGCUCGACGGCAAGAGCCUGGGCAAGGGCACCCGGAUGGUGCUGCGCUACGAGGACGGACAGGCCUGCUGGAACGGACCGAACCGCCGGACCGACGUCUGGCUGGGCUGCUCGGACAAGGAGGAGCUGUGGCGCGUCACCGAGGCCGAGAAGUGCGUGUACAAGAUGGAGGUCGGCACGCCGGCGGCCUGCGAUGAGCAGGUGGAAAGCAAGGACCACGUCAAGGACGAAUUGUAA